GAGAACUCAGGCCGAAGGCUCAGAGAGAUUAGUGCGCCUGCCUGCUUUGGGGCUCCCUGCCCCAGCCUCCUCACUCAGCACUCAGCAAUGGCCCGGGGGCGGGACACACCCCUCGUGGAGUCUCUGAGGUAGCAGGGAUCCUCGCCUGAGAGGUGUCAGCUCAGGCCCAGCCUCCCGAGAGACAACACCCGGAGCCUCAUCUCUUCACCUUGCUGGGACGCUGCCACAGGGGCAGUAGGGAUCAACUGGAACUGGAAGGGAGAGGAAGGCAUCCCAACCCCAUCACAGUUCCUUCUGACUGAGCACUUGGCUGCUUGGGAAGUAGGGCACUGGGAAGCAGGGGAAGAGAAGUGUGGAGGUUUCUGGGGCCAUUUGGGCUUUGGGGGAGUCUGGACCAGACCCUGGUCCAGUAGGAUGCCCCCGUGUCCUCCCCAGCAGAGCAGGAACAGGGUGAUACAGCUGCCCACUCCAGAGCUGGGCGAGAUGGAACUGACUUGGCAAGAAAUCAUGUCCAUUACUGAGCUGCAGGGUCUAAAUGCUCCAGGUGAACCACCGUUUGAGCCUCAGCCCCCAUACCUUGGACCCUCCCCACCUUCAACUUACUGCCCCUGCUCAAUCCACCCAGAUGCUAGCUUCCCUCUUCCUCCACCACCUUAUGAGCUCCCAGCAUCCACAUCCCAUGUCCCAGACCCCCCGUACCCCUAUGGCAACAUGGCCAUACCAGUCUCCAAGCCACUGACCCUCUCAGGCCUGCUCAGUGAGCCCCUUUCAGACCCCUUGGCCCUCCUGGACAUUGGGCUGCCAGCAGGACCACCUAAGCCCCAAGACGACCCAGAAUCUGAUUCAGGAUUAUCCCUCAACUAUAGUGAUGCUGAAUCUCUUGAGCUGGAAGGGACAGAGGCUGGUCGGCGGCGCAACGAGUAUGUAGAGAUGUACCCAGUGGAGUAUUCCUACUCACUUAUGCCCAACUCCUUGGCCGCCCCCAACUAUGCCUUGCCACCUGCUGAGAACCCCUUGACCUUAGAGCCCCCCUCAGGCCCUGUGCAGGCUAAGCCCACUGCACGGGGGGAGGCAGGGAGUCGGGAUGAACGUCGGGCCCUGGCCAUGAAGAUUCCUUUUCCUACAGACAAGAUUGUCAACUUGCCAGUAGAUGACUUCAAUGAGCUGUUGGCAAGGUACCCGCUGACAGAGAGCCAGCUGGCACUAGUUCGGGACAUUCGACGGCGGGGCAAGAACAAGGUGGCUGCCCAGAACUGUCGCAAGAGAAAGCUGGAGACCAUUGUGCAGCUGGAGCAGGAGCUGGAGCGACUGGGCAGUGAACGGGAACGGCUUCUUAGGGCUCGUGGGGAGGCAGACCGGACCCUGGAAGUCAUGCGCCAACAGCUGACAGAGCUGUACCGUGACAUUUUCCAGCAUCUUCGGGAUGAAUCAGGCAAUAGCUACUCCCCUGAAGAAUAUACACUGCAACAGGCUGCUGAUGGUGCCAUCUUUCUGGUGCCCCGGGGGACCAAGACAGAGGCCACAGACUGAGCUGGCCCAGAUUGGUGGGACUGGUGAUAGGAAUUUCCUUCAUCCCUUUCUAAUAAAAUACCCCCUAACUUUGGGACCCAGAAGGCACCCAAUGGUACCGGGUGUCUGGGACCUCCCAGGUGUGUUUAGAAGCUUGCCUUGAGGGAUUAUGUGAGGGAGGGUAUCCAUCUCUUCCUUGACUCAGCUUCUCAGGUCUUUAACCUCCACCUUUUGUCUAAGCUUUGGUCUAUAAAGUGCUGUACAGAAA